GACCUUCGCUACUUCAGGUCAGAAAAGACACUAAGGGGCGUGCUGCAGGAGGACUGGAGGGACACCCAGGAUCCCAUCAUGUGCUCCUACAAACUGGUGACUGUCAAGUUUGAGGUGUGGGGGCUCCAAACCCGCGUGGAACAGUUUGUUCACAAGAUGGUGAAGGAUGUCCUUCUGCUCGGCCACAAGCAGGCUUUUGCCUGGGUUGAUGAAUGGAUUGACAUGACCAUGGAUGAGGUACGAGAAUACGAACGUGUCACACAGGAAGCCACCAACAAGAAGAUCGGCUCCUUCCCUCCUGCCAUUACCAUCAGUCAGAACCCACUGGUGUCCUGUGGCACCUCCAGCGCCCCCACCACCCCUCUCUGCACCGAGGCCCCCGACUUCCUGCCUGUGCCCAAAGACCGGCCCCGCAAGAAGUCCGCCCCCGAAACACUCACCCUCCCCGACCCCGCCCGCAGAGGCUCCUCCUACCGACUGCCCAGUUUGUUCUUUUGGCCCAGCUCAUCCCAGAACGAGUGAGAGAGGAGACUUUAGCCUCUCCUGGGCACAGAACGCAACCUCUGGGGAUGUCAUGGUUCUGAUUCUGUUAUGGUUCAGUCUGAGACACAGAGAGGAAGAGAGACCCAAGGCAGACGCUCAAGAUAUACAGUGGAGACUCCAGAUCUUUUCAUCCUGAGGUUUCCAUGCUUAGUUCAGGUUUUGUGUAAACUGUCAGGAUUCAUGAACAGAAUGACAAUGAAACUUUGCGUAAAGAAAGAAUUUAUU